AUUCUCCAGCAUCUGCAUUUCCUACUAUCUCUGAUUCAAUUUUAACCCUUUCAUCGGUUAUCCGAAUCUGCGUAACCCUGCCUGCUAAUAACAGUGAGUCCCUACCCUUCCUCCCCUCUAUUUCUUUCCCAAAAUCACAUCACCCCCUCCAUCCCUCAAUGUCACUCAUCCACCUUUGCCCCGUCUAUUUCCUUCUUUCCUCUAUCCACUCACUGUUCUUAUAGACCUUCCAUUGCGUCCCUGCAUCCUUCAGCCCCACACUCUCUCUCCCUCAGAAUGUGACCCAGAGAGGGCUCAGGAGGAUGUCAGUUGUACCAAGCAGCACUCCCAAGCUGAAGCAGUGGAUGAUCGAACAAGUGGAUAGUGAGAAGUACCCAGGCCUGGUCUGGGAGGACCGCAAGCUUGGAAUGUUCCGGAUCCCCUGGAAGCACGCCAACCAUCAGGACUACAGGCACGACAAGGACGCCGCUAUUUUUGAGGCCUGGGCCAGGUUCAAGGGGCCGUGCCGGGAUUGGCGUAACCUGAACCCACGCACCUGGAAAUCGAGGCUGCGAUGUGCACUCCACAAGAGCAGUGAUUUUGUGGAGGUCCCAGAGCGCUCCCAGCUCAACAACUACCAGCCGUACAAAGUCUACAAGAUCGUCGAUAGCAGUUUCAGUCAGGAGAGGAUGUCGCCGUCCAUUCACCUGCUCACAGUGAAACUGGAGAUGAAUGACAGUGAUGGAAUGGAGAAUUCACAGCAGAGCUCACCCGGCACACAGCUUGGAGUGUCCGAGCAGCAGGCAGAGUGUGAAGUACCUCCUCUCCAUUACCAGCAGGUCGAGAGUGACAGCAGCUGUGAGCCCUUUUCUGGGUUUGAGGCAUCCCCUCCUGAAGAAGCUUGCAUUGAAAAUACCUCAUUGAAGUGGAGACUGCCAGCCCACAAUAGAGAAAGCCCGUCAUGUGCCAUUGACCUGAGCACGGUGAAGAUGGAAGAGAAUGGGAGCGUUGGAAUGGAGAGCUCACAGCCCAGCUCCCCCUGCAGGGGCCGGGGGACCUCGGAGCAGCAGGUAGAGAGUGACAGUGCAGCUCCCACUUCCCAGCAGAUGGAGAACGAUAGCGGCUGUGACCCCAGUUCUGACUCCGAACGCUCCACUCACAAGGAAUUUUCUGCUGGAAGCCCCUUGCCAGACCCAGGACUGGAAUCCAGCAUGGAAGGUAGAGUCUGA